UGGUCAUCUCCAUUCAGAGGGCAAUUCUGGAGAAGUGUUAGCAAACCAACCUCCAAUCAAGUGGGAGAUUGUUCUCCCAUCCAAGCAUACACCGGUAGGAGAAUUCUACAAGCGCGCUGGUACACGGGCACAUCAAAUACACAAUGUUUAUAAAACAAUAACUUAGAAAGCUAAUGAACGGAAUCUGUGUAGUGAUUUGUAUACCGAAAGUAUAUAAACAAUAUAAGUGAUAACAAUGCUUUUCGAUUGAUGAAGAGUGCUCGGAAACUGGUAGCAGGAGUCAUUCAAUCCUGGGCUGGGAAAGUAGAUAGUUUGUAUUGGUGAUGAAGACAAGUGCGACGAUGACUAUGGGCAAAGCGAGUAAAAAUAAACAAUCGGCCACAUUGGCCUGGAGAUCUUCACUUUCUCAAAUUCUUGCUGUAUCUGUUAAAAAUUUCGUUUUACUCGGAUAUGGCAUGACUUUAGGAUUUCCAACUUUGCUUAUACCGGUGCUAUCCAGUCAUAACACAGAUGAACCCUUUUCUUUGGGUGAAGAAGGACUAUCAUGGGUUGGAUCCAUCAGUAUGAUAUGCGUACCAUUCGGUUGUUUUAUGUCAGGGAUGUUGACGCAACCUCUUGGAAGAAGACGAUCGAUGCAACUUAUAAAUAUUCCCUUCGUAGCUGCUUGGUUACUAUUCUAUUUUUCAUCGGAGAUUUGGCAUAUAUUUGUAGGCCUUGCCCUAGCUGGAUUGAGCGGUGGUUUAAUGGAAGCUCCAGUACUCACUUACGUUGCUGAAAUAACACAGCCACACUUGAGAGGAAUACUAUCGUCAACUAGUUCUAUGUCAGUUAUAGGAGGCUCCAUGAUCCAAUUCAUCCUUGCAACGUUUUUAAAUUGGCGAACAGUGGCCCUUGUCAGUGCAUUCGUACCCAUAAUCCCCUUCUGUCUUCUAUUCCUCAUACCAGAAACACCCAUAUGGUUGCUGUCCAAAAAGAGGUAUGUGGAAGCAAAAGAAAGCCUCGCCUGGUUAAGGGGCUGGGUUUCCAUCGAAGAAAUCGAUAAAGAAUACAAUGACCUCUUCGACCAAGUGCAAACAAGUAGAGGGAUAGGAAAUGAAGGUUUUCAAGCGGACAAUGGAACUUCGAACCCUGCCAACACUUAUGGACAAGCAGUUAACACCGAAAUCAGAAAACGAACCAAAUUAGAAACCGUCAAAUUAUUCAAAAAGAGGAACUUCAUCGUUCCCUACUUAUUGGUAUCGUUUGUUUUCUUCCUCUCACAUUUCAACGGGCUGUCUCCAGUGCAAACCUACGCUGUCAGUAUUUUUUCGUCAUUCAAAGCUCCAAUAGACAAAUACCAUGCCACUGCUUUAUUGGGAGUUGUUGAAGUGAUAGGCUGCAUUACUUGCGUAUCUUUGGUCCAUUACUUCGGAAAAAGGGUACUUACUUUUCUGUCUCUUGGAGGAACAGCUAUUUGUUUCCUAGUCAUAGGAACAUACGCUCACUUAGCCAACAUCACUUCUUUACUAUCAGAUAACUCAAAUUCUACAGUGUCAAACAUAACUUCACAUAUUAUAGAGAGGGAAACCUCUGGUGCAAACGCAUGGCUACCCAUGAUCCUCUUCAUAAUCGCUGCGUUUUUCUCCCACAUGGGAAUCAGGGUCUUGCCGUGGAUUUUGACGGGAGAAAUUUUUCCAAACGAGAUAAGAGCGAUAGCUUCUGGCAUCGCAGCUACCAGUUUUUACGUUUUCGGGUUCAUAUGUAACAAAGUUUUUCUAUCGAUGGUUUCUGGCCUGACCCUACCAGGUACUUUCUGGUUCUUCAGUUCCAUGAGUUUCCUCGGGCUCAUCGUUUUGUUCUUCACGUUACCGGAAACUGAGGGAAAAACGCUACAUGACAUAACCAAUCAUUUUGCCGGGAAGAUGAAGCUGGGUAAUAAUGUUUUAAGGAAUAAUGAAGAUAGUGGUUACAGUUUCCACAACGAGGGUUUUGUUGAUGACAAUAAAAAUAAGUCUGAUGUUGAAAGUAAAUUUUGAUCUCAAUUUUCCGAUCUAUGAUAGCAGCAUGAGAGACGGAGAGGAAAAUUUUAGUGGUAAUAACGUUUUGAAUCUCUUACACAGAUUUCUAUCUGAUCUACAAAUAAAAAACAAAAACGAAUUUUUAAGGAAGAUGAAAGAAAUUUUCCUAAUAACAAUAAUUAGAGUUAUAAUGAUUUACCUACUGCCGAUAUCUAUCUAUCUCUUUUCGACAAAUGUAGGUACCUAGGAAAUAUUUAUUUCAUCUUCUAUCAGUACACUGUAGAACUCUUUAACUGCCACCGUAUAUAACAGUUAUAUAACUAUUACAAAGUUUCGGAGUAGGUAGCUAAAGUUGAAAGAGAAAAAUUCAAUUUCAGUUAUUAAUAUUAUUUUUUUGACUUUCAUAUUCACUGUACAUAGGUAUCAAAUCAAUGUGAUAUUAGACAUUAUUUCAGUUUUUAAUGAGAUUGUAUUAUUAUCAUGAGAAUUGUAAUAUAUUUAUUGAUGUUCGUUAGAUAUGACUAAUAAAUUUUUUUCGACUUA